AUGCCCCCGGCAGCACCUGACGAUCUCAUCCGCCAGCACAGCCGGUCUCUUGAAGACGAGAGUUCCUGGGUUCCGGAACCCCGAGCCAUUCCAGAGCAUGAACCAAGUGGGAAGAGCAAAAAGAAGAAAGCCAAGAAGAAUAAGGCAGCCAAGGCAGCGGCAGAAUCUCCACCGGAUGAGUAUGUGCCCACCGGUGAUUGCCGUUCCGAUGAAUGCGCGCCGUUAACGUCUGAUUACAUGGAUAGCAUCCCGGAAUCCUCUCCGCCCCAGGUGGAGCCAUCAUUCCCAGUACCAGAACCCCCUAAGCUUGAAUAUGAACCUGAACCUGAACCUGAACCUGAGCAUGAGCAUGAGCAUGAACCUGAGCCUGAACCCGAACCCGAACCCCAACAAGAACCUGUUGAACAUGUAAUCCCACCUAUCACGUCACCUGCGCUCGACGCGUUUGAUUCGCUCGAUGAACCUGCAGGUGACGAUCUUGCUACCCGCACCGAUACGUGGGCACAAUCGGUGCCUUAUGGGAAGAGUCCUCCCACCGAUCUCAUAGAUGGGGAUAUUCCUAAUGCUUCGCCCCUGAACUUCCCUACUAUUCAAGGAAGAGGCGGUUUCAUGCACCCCUCCUCCGCAUCACCUCAGACUCGAACCUUACCAUCUAGCUAUGGCAAUGGCUAUGGUCAUGGAUAUCGAAGCAGCAUGCAGUCGAGACAACAGUCUGUGGAUAGGCGGAAGAGUCAUUCCUAUGGAAGCCCAAUGAGCAAUCAAGCUCCCCUGCCUCAUCUUCCUCAGGCUCACUUCUUCGGAGCCCCAGAGAUCGACAUCCUUCCAAACCAGAAUCGAUCACUCACCGACAGAAAUUACACUUUCUGCAGCUUUGAUACAUUGCCCAGCUUAUCACCCAAAGCCUCGCGGACGGGAAUGAACGUCUUGCUGGUCGGAACAGAUGGUGCAUUGGAUAUCAUCGCUAUCGAAGAUCGUCGAACCAGGCUAGUGGGACAAAUCACCGGGCUCAACGGCCGUGUGACAGAAGCUAGAAUUUUGUCCGGUCACUCCUCAAGUGAUCCAUUCGUAUCAUCUAGACCCCAUGUUGCGGUCAUAGUCCACGGCCCAAUGCCCCCAUCUGAGGAGGAAGGCCGUAUCUCGUCCGCAACAUCAGACGCCAACGAGAUUGCUCCCUCUGUAAUCCGAGGUCACUCCAAUGAUAAGCGUGGACGAGAUGAAACCCACUUCUACCAAACUCGCGUUGAAGUUUACUCUUUCCGGACUGGUGAACAUAUUUCAACCUUAUUCACAAGCAAGCCUGUCCCAUCUCUGGAAAAUCUUCCAGGUCUCCCGUCAUUUGCACCCCCAGCUGUCGGCAGUUUGAAACUAUUCAUAUCGGGGGCGUACAUCAUUCUGGCCUCAGGUGUGAGUGGUGAGGUCUAUGUUUAUCGACAUGCUCUGUCGCGCGAGGGAAAUCCUUACCAGUGCCUAGGUAAGACCUGGACUGGGGUUCAAUCAAAAGAAACCCGUCGGUACUCGACUUCUUCAAGCUCGACUACAGACCCAGAAGGGGCUCGCUCAGACUCCCCUCACCGUGCUUCUGCCCUAGAAAGGCCGAUCUUGGCUGUCCAGGGAAGAUGGCUAGCAUUUGCCCCUCCAUCCUCGUCUUACCGAGGCUCGAUCCAGGGGUCUAUCCCUGCAAGUUUGAUUCACGGAAAAGUUCCAGGAAUCGACACUCGCAGUCCUCCCACCGUGCCUUCAGUGUCGUGUGCGACUGAUGUAGGCGAAGGUGAAAGUUUUUUCGACAAGAUGGCUAGAGGCGUUGCCCAAGAGCUUGUCAGGGGUGCUCGCUGGAUGGGCGACCAAGGCAUGCAGGCAUGGAACAAUUAUUGGAAUGCUCAGCAAGCAGGUGGUACAUCUCCACGCCGGGCGCCCCCGGGUCCGGAUCCCCAAACGCAAGGAUACGGGCUGUUCCCGCCGACACACGGUCAUGAUACACAGGCCUCGGCCACUGAACCUGAUACUGUCUCCAUCAUCGACUUGAAGCGAUUCGAGGACGGCACGGAUAUCCGAAAUGUCCUUACCCACCCCGUGUCAACGUUCCAGGUACCCAACGGAUGCAGCUUCUUAUCGCUUUCCCCAAAUGGCUUGAUGCUCUUCACAGCCAGUAAGAAGGGUGAUGUCCAGUAUGUGUGGGAUCUGAUGCAACUCAAACAUUGCCGAUCCAUGGCUUUUAUGGCCGAUGACCAAACUGGUCAAAAUCCCAAUGUGCGCCAAGUUGCCAGAUACGCACGCUUGACUACUUCCAGCAUUGUUGAUGUGAUUUGGACUGCACCAACGGGUGAUCGACUGGCUGUCAUUACACGCAAGGGUACUAUUCACGUUUUCGAUCUGCCCCGAAGUGCUUUCCAGUGGCCUCCCUUCCGCCGGGGAAAGGCUACUAAAGCUAGGCCACCACCGACUGACUCCAUGUCGGAUGACAUGGCCAGUCAAACUGCUGGUGGCAAUCCACUAUCAGCAGCGAUGAAGUUGGUAGGUGGUAAGACGCAGCCCUUCUUUUCUGCUGUGCGAGGUCGGGUUCCGUCCACGGGUGCUGCCUUCCCUAAUAUGAGCGGAUUUGCGCUCCCAUCUGCUGCUAGCGUGAAGAGCGGAAAGGUUGUUGCUGCCGGCCUGAGUAAGUCCAUGGGUGCCGCCACAGGUACUGUCAACACCCUACGCCACGUGGGCGAGAACCGCCUGCAUUUGCCUGGACUCGCUCGAGACCCUGCUCCUUCUCGAGUAACAUGGAUUUGCAACAAGGGAAUGAUCUUCCUUGGUGUUGUAGAUGGCGGGUUCUUCAAACUCUACCGUCUCAAGCGCGCUGCCGUGUCUGGUCACAAGAACCGCCAACCUCACUCCGUUGUCGGUGGAAAGGAAUCUCAGAUCAAGCUACCAACCAACCUGCAAAGUCCCUGUGGACCCGCUCCCAUGUCUGCCUUUGACCCAGACCUUGCAAUCCACGCUACCAUCUCACUACCAUCUGCCAACUCUCAACCCAGUACCCGAGCCCUCUGCCAACCCCUCUCGCAAGCCGAAAUCGAGACAAACACCCCCUACCAACCAUUUCACACCGACCAACGGGUAGGCUUGAGCGUGUUCACCGCCGGCAGCGGGGGAAGCGAGCCAAGCGGGCAAUGGGUCUUUGGCAACGAUAUCCCCAUGACGAAAGUCCAUCUCCGGUCAUUCAACAGCAGCAUUGAUGACCAUGUCGACGAGGUCGAGCACGCCGCUAUACACGGCAACUCGCUUGGUGCAGGCGGGGAUAUCGAAAAUCUCAUUACUCUCGGCAAUAGCACGGGUAACGUGGAAGAAGUCGUUAUCACAACCCGUCGAAAGAAGAGACACUCGACUCCUCUCAAAGCCGAUGAUGGCUUCUUCGAAGACGACUGCGAGGUUCUCGACUUCGCCCGAGACCGCGUUUGA